CGUGAUGGCGGGGGAGGGGUGGGAGCUGCGCUUGCGGUUAAGCAUUUCGUUUCUCAGUUACCUCAGUUUCCCUCCAAAUGAGAGGCGAACGCCCCAGGCUGGAAGGAAACUGAGGAUCGAAGUCGGCCCGGGUGGCUGCCUGGCGGAGGUGGCGCCGGCUCUGAGGGGGCGGGGCUUCUCCUAGCCCCGCCCCCGUCUCGGAUCGUUCAGUCCCAGCGCUCCGACCCGCGCGCUGCUGUCAGUACUGCGGGCUGCGGGCUAUGGACGACCCGGGGAUCCCGGCCCAGACGGCCGCCCCAGGCCGGGGUAGGAAGGCGCUGAAGAUCGUGAUCGUGGGCGACGGCGGCUGCGGCAAGACUUCACUACUCAUGGUGUACAGCCAGGGUUCCUUCCCCGAGCACUACGCCCCCUCCGUGUUCGAGAAGUACACGGCCAACGUGACCGUGGGCAACAAGGAGGUGACCCUGAACCUCUACGACACCGCCGGGCAGGAAGACUAUGACCGACUGCGGCCCCUGUCCUACCAGAACACCCACCUCGUGCUCAUCUGCUAUGACGUCAUGAACCCCACCAGCUUCGACAAUGUCACCGUCAAGUGGCUCCCUGAAGUCGCGCAUUUCUGCCCUGGGACACCCAGGGUGCUCAUUGGCUGCAAGACAGACCUGAGGAAGGACAAGGAGAUGCUGCGGAAGCUACGGGCGGCCCAACAGGAGCCCAUCACCUACGUGCAGGGCCAGAGCACCUGUGAAAAGAUAGGAGCUGCCCUCUACCGGGAAUGUUCCGCCAAGUUUCGGGAGAACGUGGAGGACGUCUUUCGAGAGGCCGCCAAGGUUGCCCUCAGUGCUCUGAAGAAAGCACAGAGGAAGAAACGCCGGCCGUGCCUGCUGCUCUGACCCCUACAAGGUGGACCAUACGGCCCUCGGAACAAGACUGACAGGGCUCAGGUGCCCAGGCUGCUCCCUAGAUCCUGUCCCACCCCGUUUUCAAGGGGCACUUGGGGUUGGUCUCUCCAAUGCCUGGUGUCUGAAGCCUGUGGCGAGACUCUUAGAACUUUCUGGAGCUCUCUCUUUUCCCAGCUGGGGCUCUGACCAUGAACUCACCUCUGGGGUCACACUGGAGCUGUGGCCUGCACAGUGGUGGGUGACGGUGCCGGACUUAGUCCCUAUGUACCCUAGAACUGGCAUCUGUCCCCAGGACUCAGGAGUACCUCUUCACACCUUCCCCCCAGCCAUGUGUAUCCCCCUUUGCACACCCAAUAAGGUCCUGAAAGCCUGUGCUUGAAAUAACAAACUACACUGGGUAUGUGGGUAAAUGGGAAUUUGGCAGCCGUCCCCACGGCCCCCCAAGCCUGCUGCUCCAGUGUCACCCGCCUCUGCCUCCCUGGGCUCCCAAGAUAGGCCCAGCUGCAUCCUCCAGCUUCUUGCUUCCUUCCCCCAGGAACUCUGGGGUCACGAUGGGACUGGGCCUAUCAGGAGAAUGCAGGCACCACCCUCCAUCUACUCUGCCCCUUCUGCCCCACACGGAGGACUUCAGUUGCAGCCUUCGCCUCGGCUGCCAUCUUUCCAGAGCUGAGCGCACAUGCCCAAGAGAAGAACCUCUCAGCAAAACAAACACCCUGGAUCACCCAUCCGACCCUGGCUCAGGUUCUCCUUACCUGUGACCCUCCCCCAUUGCUGAAAACGCGAGAUGAAAAGUGACAUCAGCCCCUGAUCUUGAGCAAGUCAGUUCUCUCUACAGACUUUUCCUACCGACUUUUCUCCUGUCUGCAAAAAGAUGGCACUGGCUCAGGUACAUGGUCACCAAGCUCCCCUCUGCCCCUCACAGACGCCAUUUCUAUGAAGAUGUGUUCCGGAGCCUAGACCAUCCUGGCCCGCUUUGAGAUCGGACUGCAUCGAUCCCCUGCCGCAGAUUCACUGACUAUCGUGUCAGAAGGUCUGGGGUUGGGGGACCAGGAGUUUUGAAACAAGUGCCCCAGGUGAUUCUAACACCCCAAAGAUUGAGAGCUGCUUGGUUCCUGAGUGAGCUCAGGAGUCAGCAUUACCAAAGAUGGGAUGAUGGCUUCAGGUGGCUCCUGCCUCAGCUCCCGCCCUGCCCAGUGUUGUGGCCCCCACGAAGCCCGAGCCUCUCUGAAGUCAACUGCUAUGAGAGACUUCUGAAGUCCACCCCACCCCACCUAGGUUCUCCAGGGCCCUGCCAUGCCCUGGGGACUCAACAGUGUGUGCAGACCAAGGACCUCUUAUUCUAGCAGAAUCCAAGGCCUUUUGGACAAAGGAUGGUCUAGGACGGAGGCCAGCAACCUAUGGCCUGUGCGCCAACUCUGGCCGCUGUAUGUGUUUGUAAAUAAAAGUUUUAUUAGAACAUU